CCCCAGCGGUCGCUGUGUUGUGAUGGUCGGCGGCGUCGACUCCAGUAAGUGACCUCUUGUUGACUGUCCUCCUGCGGGACCCUGUGUCUCCUGCACCACUACUGCCUCCUGCACCACUACUGCCUCCUGCAGGACCCUGUGUCUCCUGCACCACUACUGGCCUGCAGGACCCUGCACCACUACUGCCUCCUGCAGGACCCUGCACCACUACUGCCUCCUGCAGGACCUCCGCAUCUUGUACCAUCAUCACCACAAUCAUGAGCUCAGAUCCAAGGGAAUAUUCCAGAGAAUAUUCUGGGGGAGGAUUUUCUGGUUGGGACGACUUCGGCCCUAGGGACCCAAGAAAUGAUGCUUUUGAAAGAGGCCCUCAUCAAGAUGAGCGAUUUAACUUUAGUGGAAGAUUGGGACCAUCACGCUGGGACAACCCAGGCUCUGGGAACCAAAACAUUGUCUUAACUGGAAAAGGAAAGAGAAGAGAAGGACCUCCGUCAGCAAUGAAGCGCGAAGCACCCGGAGGCGACGGUGACAGCAAGAGACUGAAGCCAGGAGACAGGUGGGUGCACAACCAAGAUGAAGAUGUGUACGGUCCCAGAGAGCUAAGUAAUUGGAAUGACAUUGUGGAUCAUACUGAAGAUAUCUCUUGGUAUGUUGAGGAAACCAAGAGAUUAGUUGAGCAGUUUGGGAAUUUCGUGGCAGUAAAACCUGUCAAAGAUCAUCCAGAAAGAGUGGAAUACUAUUGUGAGCUUUGCUUUGCAAUAAUGAAUGCGAAGAAAUCCCUGGAGAUUCACUGCAGUGGUAUGAAGCAUUUAAAGAAAAAGCAAAUGUGGGAGCAGACUAGUAAGGAUAUUAGUGACAUCACGAAGUUUACAGCUGUUGGGAGAGAACCAGCUGCUGCCCCUCCUGCCCAACAUGCUGCCCCUCCUGCCCAACAUGCUGCCCCUCCUGCCCAACAUGCUGCCCCUCCUGCCCAACAUGCUACCCCUCCUGCCCAACAUGCUGCCCCUCCUGCCCAACGUGCUGCCCCUCCUGCCCAACGUGCUGCCCCUCCUGCCCAACGUGCUGCCCCUCCUGCCCAACGUGCUGCCCCUCCUGCCCAACGUGCUGCCCCUCCUGCCCAACGUGCUGCCCCUCCUGCCCCUCCUGCUGCUCCUGCCCAACAUUCCCCUUCUCCUCCUCCUCCAUACAGGGGUGAUGCUGGAGAUCGUGGUUACUCUAGACCUGCAUAUGAUAGGGAUAGAGGUCAUUAUAAUGAUGACCUGUAUGAUCGAAGAUCUUCAGAUAGAGGAGGACGUGGCAGGCACGAGUUCUCGCGCAGCCCUAGUGAUGACAGACGAGGUGAAGUGAGCCGUCACAGCCGCCGCAGUCCUCUUCCUCCUGCUCUGCCAGUGUUGCCAGAAGCCUUACCAGUCCCCAGAGAGAACCUCGCUGGAGGAACCACUGGCACUCUCCUCAAGAGACUGGCUGACUGCUCCGUGAAGACUGAUGCUGAUGCUAAACUUGCCAUGGACGUCAUCUCUCUCCUAUUUAAAUCUCUGAAAGCAUUCCAUAAUAUCAAUGGAUAUCAAAAUGCCGUUCUUCUGGUGUCUGAAGCAGAGGUAAAGUUCAACAUACUGAGGGAGUUGCACACUCCAAUACCACAGGCAGUAAACACUAACUCCCGUACUGGAGGGAGAGACCUUGCAGGAGGAAUUGGUGGAAGAGAACCAUCAAUAGGAAGUGGUCGCAGAGAACCAUCAAUGGGAAGUGAUCGGAGAGAACCAUCAAUGGGAAGUGAUCGGAGAGAACCAUCAAUGGGAAGUGGUCGCAGAGAACCAUCAGUGGGAAGUGAUCGCAGAGAACCAUCAACAGGAAGUGGUCGAAGAGAACCGUCAAUAGGAAAUGAUCGAAGAGAACCAUCAAUAGGAAAUGGUCAGAGAGAAACCUCGGUAGGAAGUGGGCGGAGAGAACCACCAGUAGGAAGUGGUCGGAGGGAACCACCAAUAGGAAAGUAUUCUAAUCCUGAGCCAAAGAACUACUUGAACUACCCACUGAGUACCAAAUUUGAAUACAGUGCACCACCUUUUCGGUACAACCCUUAAGUUUAAGGUUUAAGUACAGCAGUAGUAGUCUAUUAGAGACUUGUAUACUGUGUUAGCAACUCCUUUUUUAGUGUAUCUUGAUUUUUUGUAAUAUAAAUAGUUUGUCUCGAAAAUAUUGGCCAAAAAUAACCAUAGUUUAAUAAUAAUGCUGGCAUUCUAUUUCUGUACACACAGGUUUUUAUGACCCCUGACUAGUACCUUACUGUUUCAAAAUAGACUGCAUAUUGCUGUGAUCACUCAUUACCAGUGUGAUGAUUCAUGUCUUGAUUAAGUAUUGCAAUGAACCAGAUUCCUGACGCCCUCUUAAACUUGGUCAUCAUUUUCGCUCCAAGAGAGGAUGGAGUCGCUGACGACCGGCUUUAUGGUUGUGUCAUCUACGUGGCGUACAAAAUAUAUAACUUGUUUUCUUUGAAAUAAAUGUGAUUUUUAAGUUGUAAA